AUGGCGCUUCGCGAGUUCAAGGCGCCCGUGAACUACGAGUCGCAGCAGAAUGCGCUCGAGAGUUUUUUGAAAAAUUACAAGACAUCCCCCGAGCAGACUAUCACCACAGCGCUUGGGGAUGUCACCAUCAACGAGGAUGAGCUCAGCGACGAGUACGAUUUUAUGGACGAUGACGAGCAGGUUACCGGCCGCCACCAGCAGCAGAGGCAGCAGAAGCGCGUGCCUGAGCACAAGUAUUUGGUUCAGCUACAAAAGCUGGCCAACCGCCAGACGCACGAGAUUACCAUUGAGCUGGAUGACUUGGUUUCCUGGGAGAAAGAUCAGGAUGACGGCUUGCGGCUUGUCGACUCAAUUGAGAUGAACACGAAGCACUAUGUUGAGAUUAUGUCGAGAGCUGUCGACAAGGCUAUGCCGCAGCCGGAUUCAGACGUCACGUUCAAGGACGAUGUUCUCGAUAUCCUCAACGCGCGACGACUGGAGCGGAAUCGGCAGUGGUCCGAGGAGCAGGAAGACGACCCUUCCGCCGAAACCGAUCAGUUCCCCGCAGAGCUCACUCGCCGCUACACCCUCCUUUUCAAGCCCCGCACCGGCUCUAUCGAUGCGCCUGCGAAGACCCUGGCCGUUCGGCAGGUUCGUGGUGACCACCUCGGGCACCUCAUCACCAUGCGUGCUAUUGCCACGCGUGUGUCAGAUGUCAAGCCCGUCGUCCAGGUCAAUGCAUACUCGUGCGACCGCUGCGGCUGCGAAAUCUUCCAGCCGGUCACGGACAAGCAAUUCGGCCCCUUGACGGCCUGCCCCUCUGCCGAUUGCGCAACAAACCAGGCUCGUGGACAGCUGACCCACUCAGUCAGAGCGUCCAAAUUCUUGCCCUUCCAGGAGAUCAAGGUCCAGGAGCUGGCCGAACAGGUCCCUAUCGGCCAGAUCCCCCGAAGCAUGACUGUCCUCUGCUAUGGCAGCAUAGUCCGCCAGAUCAACCCGGGCGACGUUGUCGACAUCUCGGGCAUCUUCCUCCCGACCCCGUACACCGGCUUCAAGGCUAUGAAGGCCGGCUUGCUGACCGACACCUACCUCGAGGCUCACCACAUUGUGCAGCACAAGAAGGCAUACAGUGAAAUGAUCGUCGAUUCCAGGCUAGUACGCAGAAUUGAGCAGUACCGCCAAUCUGGACAGGUGUAUGAGAUGCUUGCCAAGUCGAUUGCCCCCGAAAUCUUUGGUCACUUGGACGUCAAGAAGGCCCUCCUGCUUCUCCUUAUUGGCGGUGUCAAUAAGGAGGUCAAGGACGGUAUGAAGAUCCGUGGUGAUAUCAACAUCUGUAUGAUGGGUGAUCCCGGUGUGGCCAAGUCCCAGCUUCUCAAGUACAUCUCCAAGGUGGCACCUCGUGGAGUCUACACGUCUGGCCGUGGUAGCAGUGGUGUCGGUCUCACGGCUGCCGUCAUGCGUGACCCCGUCACCGACGAGAUGGUCCUUGAGGGCGGUGCUCUCGUCCUGGCAGAUAACGGCAUCUGCUGCAUCGAUGAAUUCGACAAGAUGGACGACAAUGAUCGUACCGCCAUUCACGAAGUCAUGGAGCAGCAGACCAUCUCCAUCUCCAAAGCUGGCAUCUCGACGACGCUCAACGCCCGCACGUCGAUCCUGGCUGCCGCCAACCCCAUCUACGGACGAUACAACCCGCGCAUCUCGCCGGUGGAGAAUAUCAACCUCCCCGCGGCACUCCUGUCUCGUUUUGAUAUUCUCUUCCUUCUCCUCGACACGCCUACCCGCGAGACCGAUGAGCAGCUGGCCAAGCACGUCGCCUAUGUGCACAUGAACAACCGCCACCCUGAGACUGUCACCUUUUCCCCCCACGAGGUGAGGUCUUACAUCGCCCAGGCUCGUACCUACCGCCCCGUCGUGCCUGAGUCCGUGUCCGAGUAUAUGAUCAAGACAUACGUCCGCAUGAGGGAGCAGCAGCAGCGUGCGGAGAAGAAGGGCAAGCAGUUCACCCACACGACACCGCGUACGCUCCUCGGUGUUGUGCGUCUAUCUCAGGCCCUGGCACGUCUCCGUUUCAGCAACGAGGUAGUGCAGGACGAUGUCGACGAAGCGCUUCGUCUUAUCGAGGCUAGCAUCGAGAGCCUCAACGCUGACCUGGGAACGGGAGGUCGCCGUCUCAACGCCAGCAGCAGGAUCUACAACCUCGUCAAGGGCCUGUCCGACUCGGGUGCCUGCAGGGCCGAGGAUGCUGCCGGCGACGACGAUGGCCUCGGCGUGGAGCUGAGCAUGCGCAAGGUCAAGGAGCGUGUCAUUGCCAAAGGAUUCACCGAGGACCAGUGGCUCACCGCGCUGGAAGAGUACACCACUCUGGACGUGUGGCAAACAGCUGGAAACGGAUCAAGGUUGGUGUUUGUUACGGCUGAUAAUGAUGACGGAGAGGACGACAUGGAUUUCUAA